CCCGCUGCUCCUAUUGCGCAUGUGUGGGAGGGUUUCCCUGACAGCGAGGGAAGCCUGGCCACGGUAGAGGGGCGCUGACCCACUGGCCUUCUGCACGCUUGCGCCCAGCCGGUCCCUAGGGCCUUUGUCGGCGGUCCUCAACGGCUCCAUGUUUCCAUCCUACUUGUGUGCUUCGGGUCUGCCAACAGGGUUGCUCAUGAAGGUGUUAUUGUUAAGACAACUAAAAAACAGUGAAAUGGAAAGAAAAUGCUUCCGGCGUCCUGGGUUUGGCCCAUCCGCGCUGUACACAGUCCUCCUAGGCGGUAUAUUCGUUACUCUAAGUUCAAGUCGCAUCUUACUGGUAAAAUAUUCUGCCAAUGAAGAAAACAAGUAUGACUAUCUCCCUACUACUGUGAAUGUGUGCUCUGAGCUGAUAAAGCUGAUUCUCUGUCUACUUGUGUCACUCUGUGUUAUAAGGAAAGACGAUCAUCAAAGUAGACAUUUGAGAUGUAUUUCCUGGAAGGAAUUCUCAAAUUUCAUGAAGUGGUCCAUUCCUGCCUUUCUCUACUUCCUGGAUAAUUUAAUUGUCUUCUAUGUCCUCGCCUAUCUUCAGCCUGCCAUGGCUGUUAUCUUCUCGAAUUUUAGCAUCAUAACGACAGCUCUUCUAUUCAGGAUAGUGCUGAGGCGGCAUCUGAACUGGAUACAGUGGGCUUCCCUCCUGAUUCUGUUUUUGUCUAUCGUCGCCCUAACGGCCAGUACCAAAACUUCACAGAAUGACUUGGCGGGACAUGGAUUUCAUCACGAUGCCUUCUUCACGCCAUCCAAUUCCUGCCUUCAUUUCAGAAGAGAAUGCUCCCAAAGGGACAAUUGUACAGCCAACGAGUGGGCUUUCAGUGAAGUCAAGUGGAACACCACAGCCAGAGUUUUUAGUCACAUCCGUUUGGGCUUGGGCCACAUUCUGAUUAUAGUUCAGUGUUUUAUUUCUUCAAUGGCCAAUAUCUAUAAUGAGAAGAUCCUGAAGGAGGGGACACAGCUCACCGAGAGCAUCUUCAUACAGAAUAGCAAGCUUUAUUUCUUUGGCAUUGUUUUUAAUGGGCUGACCCUGAUUCUUCAAAGCAGUAACCGUGAUCAGAUUCAAAACUGUGGGUUUUUUUAUGGCCACAAUACAUUUUCAGUAGCCCUUAUUUUUGUAACUGCUUUCCAGGGCCUUUCAGUGGCUUUUAUCUUGAAAUUCUUAGAUAACAUGUUCCAUGUCUUGAUGGCCCAGGUGACAACUGUCAUCAUCACAACAGUGUCUGUCCUGGUCUUUGAUUUCAGGCCCUCCCUGGAUUUUUUCCUAGAAGCCCCAACCGUCCUUCUUGCCAUAUUUAUUUAUAAUGCUAGUAAGCCUCAAAAUCUAGAAUGUGUGCCUAGGCAAGAAAGGAUCCGAGAUCUUGGUGGCAAUCUUUGGGAGCGUUCCAGUGGGGAUGGAGAGGAGCUGGAAAGGCUUACCAAAACCAAGAGUGAUGACUCAGAUGACGACAAUUUCUAAUCGUCCCUUGUCUAUUCGUGGUUGAUGGCUCCCACAAACUAUGUUUGAGCAUUUUCAACAUUUGUGGCAAUUGUCUUUUCUGAUAAACUGAUGAUGUUUGAAAACAUAAUACUCUUUACAUGUAUCUAACCACUGCAUAAACCACUUUGUCCAAGACUUAGAGCAGCCACAGGGUGGCAGGUUUCUGGGGCAUGAACACAGGACUGUGAAUACCCAGUGCUUGAUGAGCAGGACACAUCUGCAGAUUGUGUUCCUCAUCCUCCAGGUUCCAGAAAUCAUGUUAACUAGACCUGACAGAUGCUAGUGGAGACCCUGUGCCAGAUACUAGGGUUCUAGUCAUGUAGCUUAUUGUUUGCUGCGGUCUCCUCUGUCUCUCUUUCCAUCUCUCUACCUCUCUCUCCCUUCCUCCUUUUCCUGCCUCUCUCACCUCUCCCUCAUCCCACCUUCCCUGCCCUCUUAUUGUUAUAAAUAUUGUCUAUGUUGUCCCUCAGAUUUCAAGGUCUUAGCAAUAGUCAUUUUGCUUUUAUUAAAGCAAUAAGACUCUAAAAAUUUGGGCUGAUAGACCUAAGUAUCUGGCUCUGCCAUAGAAUUUAGAUAACAUACUUUGUGACAUUUUUUAAGCUAUUCUGAAAUAAAAUAUCAAAGUUUAGGGAUUUUUUAGAACUUAUGAGAAAUUUUAUUCUUAUCUUUUUUUAGGCUUUAUUUAUGUGAAUGUUGGUCAACAAGUUAUCAUAUUACCACUUGUCUUUUAAAUCACCUAAGCCAUUGUGAUUUUUUGUUUUGUUUUGUUUUUAUUCCAUUUUCCUCAGUUUGUACAUUUACAAAAUCUUGGCAUCAUUUACUUUUUGAUGUUGAGUUAUUCUGUUGAGAAUUAAGUUGUUUUACUUUUGGGUUACUAAUUGGACCUUGUAACGGUUAGCUAUCUUUGUAUAACACCCUGUCCUAAAAGUCAAGACCCUGGCUUUAGGACUCCUUUAUAAGAAUCCUUUUUUAAAAACAAUAAUGACUUUUAAUGACAGAGUAGUGUUUCUCUAGCAGAGGGCCAGUAAUCAUUAAGUCAGCCCUAACCAUAGUUCAUACUUAGAAGUGCAUGGUAGUUUUCAAGAGAUGUUUGCAUACAGCCAGUUGACUCCUCACUGACAGUAAUUUAAAAGUUAGAGUGAUUUGUCCCAGGCCCUACAGCUAGGUUGUGAUGGAAACAAGCUUCAAGCCUGUAUGUUUACAAAGUCCUGCAGUAAAUGUGAAUUACCAUGCAGUUUGCACUUUCUGUCAAGUUUCCAUGUAUUUAUAUAUAAGAAGUUACUAUUAUUAAAAUCCACCUGUGUACCCAAAAUAAUAUAACUGGCAAUAAUUGCUAAAACCUUUUAAUUAAAAUAAUUACCAAACUU